ACUAUGCAAAUAUACAUAAAUGUGUGUAUGUUAUAUAAAAAGAAGCUAAAAAAAUACAGAAGGACAAAUACGAGAAAAGGGGGAAAAUAGGAGGCCGAUAUGAUAAGGCGAGAAGGAAGAGGAAAGACAGUAUUAGUUAUGGAGGGAAAGUGGAUAGAGAGAAGGUGUGAGAGAAAUAGAGAGAGAAGGUGUGAGGGUUAGAAAGAAAUAUAGAAAGGAAGAGAAAAUGAUAGAGAGGACCAAAUAUAGAAAGUUAGAACCGGGUUAGGAUGUUUGAGAGUGAUGAAGGGAGAGAAGAGAGAAAGAAAGAAAAUGAAAUAGAGAGAAAGUUUGAGAUAGAUGGACAGAAAUAUAUAUAUUUAGGUAGAUAUAGAGGGGAGAAUUAGAUAGAGAGGGAAAGACAAAGAGUAUAGGAUACAUAUAUAUAGAAAGAGAGAGCAUAUUAAUUGUAAAAUAGAGUUGAAUUGAAAGAGUAAUUGAGUGAUAGAAAGAGAGAGAGAGGUAGUGGUAGGUUGAAGAAGAAAGACUAAUGGGAAAAGUUGGGGUAAAAAAAAAGAGAAAGACGAACAAGAAAGUGUGAAAAACAAGAAAAAUAAUCUCAGUGAGUGUUGGUAGUGAUAUAUUAGCCAUUAGGGAAGUAUAUUAUAGAAGUACGAGUGUGUCAGUUUUGUCGUUUAACUGAGAUAUUAAACAUAGGCAAAAAACCUAACAGGGUGUUGUAUAUACACACAUAUAUAUAUAUAUGCAGUAUUAUAGGUGUGUAUAUAACUUAUACAAGCACACAUUAUAUAAUAACUAAUAUAAGAGAGAAUUAGAAGCGUAUCGGAUAAUAAAUCUGUGAUAUUUUUUGCUAAAUACUUUCCUCACCUCCUACGUGUGUCGUCUUUAUUUCAGGACGAAGACGACAUUAGGUGGAGGUGUUAGAAAAAAACUGUUAACGUUGUUAGUUUGUUAAUAUUUCCCCCUCGAAUACAAUCUUUACUGGUCGUCAUUGACAAGGAUUUUUACAAUACAACAAUCCCUCUGUAACUGGACUAUAACACAUAUAUUAUAGCACUAUAUAUAUAUAUUUUUAUAUAUAGUACCGUACUAUAUAUACAUAGUACUGUAGCUUCUACGUCUGAACGUAUAUAGAUAUAUAGAGAACUAAGGAGGAUACAAGAAAGGGAGAAAGUGGGACAGCAUAUAUAUAUAGAUAUAUAUCUGGUGAUAUCUCUCUGGUGAGUGUAUAUAUAUGUGGGAGUGUAUGCGGGCGUGUGUAUAUUAGUGUUCAGUGAUUCUUGUGGAGUGAACAUGGCCAAACUGGUUGCUGUUUGUCGUUCCGACGACUACCAGUUUGAAAGACGGCAACUUCCUCUGGUUAUGGACGAUACAUUAACUAUGGUGAUACAAUUCAGUGAUAAAUGUGCAGACUGUGAACAUGUCUGUGGUGUGAAGCAGCGUGAAUUGGAACCUUUUAUCCAAAAGUUCAACAUUUUGACUAAUGAAGAAAAGCGGGUUGCAAUGAUGGUAACGAGUAAAGGAAUACUCCAUCUAUUAUCACAAACAGUUCCUUGUGUCGGAUGUCGACGAAGUGUUGAACGGUUAUUUAAUCAGCUUGUCCAAUUCCAGCACCCAGCUCUAGAGCCACUUAUUAUCACAGACGAUGGUGUGUUGUCUGUUAAAUCUGAGUACCUCUGUGAUCCUAAAGCCUUGUAUAUUUUAUUUUACAUUCAUGGGGCAAAAUUGAAUUCUGUGAUGGAAUCUAUACCAAAAAGCAAGAAAAAUAAACGAUGUAAUCUUCACUCCUUAGAUACACACAAAACAAGGCCAUUUGCUAGCUGGAUUGAUAUAUGGGAUCUGUUAUCACAAGAGUGCAGAGAAGAAGUUGUGUUGGUUGAUGUUGACGGAUUGCAAGAUACUUUGGAAGCUUAUCUACGUAAACACCGGUUUUGUGCUGAAUGUAAAUCUAAAGUUUUGCGUGCAUUUGGUAUAUUAAUAUGUGAAGUAGACUACACGAAGGAAAAAGGCUAUUGUCCGUCAUUGUAUGACCAUUUGCGAUGUUGUCCUCAAGAGAGGCAUAUACAUAUUGAAUGUGAUACAGAAUUUCUCUCUCGGCUCAUUGGUAGAGCUGAACCAGAGCUAGCUGGCAGUAGCCGACGUGAUAGACAUGCAAAAACACUUGACAUUGCCCAGGAAGAGGUCCUUACUUGCCUUGGCAUCCAUCUACAUGAAAGAAUGUAUCGAAUAUGGCGGGAAUUAAAAGCUGAAGAGCAAACUUGGCAGAUAUUGUUUUAUUUAGGAAUUAAUGCCUUGAAGAAAGGCUUUGAGAUGGAAUUGGAACGAAAGCAGGGAGUGUCUAACUUGGAACUAAUGUGUGAAGAACUACUCGAAGAGGAACGACUACGUGAACAAAAACGAGAGCUAAAACGAGAAAAAAGGAAAAAGCGGCGAGCUAAAAUCCAGCUGUCCGAAGUGGAUUCCCCUCCCCUCACCAAACAAAUUUCCUCGGAGUGCAAAUGUGAUAAUAGUCCAAAGAAAAGUUCUAGAAUUUACAAUGGUCGUCACAAGGAAAUCUCCAGAAGCGAUCAUGACAUGAAACUGGUUUCCAUAGAGAACUGUCAGAAGGCAGCCAAUGAAAUUUAUCGAAAGGUGGCAGAUAUGAAGGCGCCCUGUUGUGGUAAGGCUGUGUCAAAAUCUAGGGUACUACAACGAGAGCAGUCUACAUCGCCACCAUCUCUGCUAACACACCGGUGCGGUCGCAGAUGUCGGCCAACAACAACUUCAAACAUCGCCACUAAAACCACUAGUAGUAGUAGUAGCAGUAGUAGCAGCAGUAGUAGUAGUAGUAAUAGCAGUAGCAAUAGCAAGCAUACAAUGACUACAGAGGCAGAUGAUGAUGAUGAUGAGGACGCUGAGUACUACAACAUGGGGCGGUGUUGCGACCUGGUUCAUAACGUAGAUAGGAUGGCCACCUCUUCGUCGUCAUCAUCUUCAUCGUCGUCCUCAUCAACUACUACAACUUUAAAUUCUGUUGGUUCCAACUAUACGACAAGUAACGGAAGUGAUUGUGGGUAUUCAUCAGGAGCAGAAGGCUGUGAAAAUUGUGGACUACAAGGUUCCAAUGAGAAUGCAGAUGUGAUGUGUUUAGAAGACUUUCUUCAUCAAAAAGGUGACUGUGAUGGUUUAGAAAAUUCAGUGUCUCUAGGUCUUAGCCCUUGGAAUAAUUGUCGGGUAAAUCGAAAUUCUACUCUAAAGGAUCAGUCCCCUGAUCAGAAGCGGCCUGAGAGAAGACUCCAGAAAGAGACUUUAUCGUUACAAGAUAUGUUAGAUUCUUCUCAUUUAUCAGAGGACGAUGUGAUUUCAGAAGAAGAGAUUAAGCGAUUCCGAGAGAAUGAAACAGUCAACCUUCGCUUGCGACAGGAACUUCGAGAGAAACUACGCCAGCGUUUCAACCAGAUGCAGUUACAGUGCAGCAUUCAGACUGUGAAGUAGUUUGUAUGAGGAGGCUACGACAUUUGUCUGCACUUUGUUACCUUUUUUUUUUUUUUUUUUUUGUUGUUGCCAACAGGCCUAUGUAACUAACUUUUCAGCAGCUACAACAACAACAACAACAACAGCCAUGACACUGCUAGGCUUCUUGUUCAUUGUAAUAUUCACUGGUUGCUGCUCUGCUUUCAGUUGCAACCCUCCCUGAGCUUCCUCACUGGAUAAAAACCAACCCUCUUCAAAUACCGUUUUCUUUGUUUUUGUUGUUGUUUCAAUUCCUAAGUUCACAGUAAGACAAACCUCUAUCAGGGUUGGAUUUAUAUAUAUCGGUCCUUCGUGCACAUGCAAUUUGCACCACCAGAAAACCCUUUUCUAUCUGGUUUUCUUGUCUUUCUCUAGCUGUCUUUUAUUAUUAUUUUUUUUAUUGUUACUUUCUUUCUGUUUUAACCCGAGCUGUCAGCCCUCACUUCCUCUCACUUCUGUCUCAUUCUGUGUCUCUGACCAUCUUUCCUACUUAGUUUCUCUCAGUCCCCCUGCAUCUCAGCCCCGUCUCUCUCUCCUGUAUAUUAGCUUUUCUGACUCUCCCUUACCUGUCAUCCUUUUUUCUUCCCUCUUAUUUUUUAACUCCCUUAUUCCUGCUUGUCUCACUUACGAAACAUGCAGACAAGGUGGUGCCACAGCAUGGCCGCAGCCCAAUAACUGAAGUUAGUAAAAUAAAGAAAGUGUGUGUGUGUGUGUGUGUGUGUGUGUAUAUAUGUCUAUAUAACUUUUUUAAGCUCAAAAGAAUAAAAUUUAUAUUCCCUUUUUUUUUUUAAUUUAUUUUAUGCUAGUUCAGUGUUUGUUUGGUUCACUUUCCAGCCCCACCUUGUUCUCAUCCCCACCCAUCCAGAGAUAUGGUUAUGGAAUUAGUUAUUUUAAUGUUAGUACCUUCAGCCAGUGCCAGGUCGACAUUGAUAAUAAAAUCCCAGCAUCAGUUAAUCUGUUGGGUGGGAGUGAACUGUGGUUGACAAGUCAGCUAGUAGGGGGCAGUGUUCUGUGGAUGGUGGAUGCCAUCUGCCUCCGUGUAACACAGUCAAACCAUGGAUUAAUUCACAACAAUAUAUUUUGAUGAUAAAAUGCACAUUCCUAAAAUUUGCUUCUGCUUAAAGAUACGUCAGUACAUGUGUAUCUAUAGGCCUAGCCAUGUGGUUGAGAGAUUUACUUUGCAAACCAUGUUUUGAGUUUUGAUUGUGCUGGGCAGUAUGCUGACCAAGGGUCUUCUAAUGUAGCCUUGUACUGAUCAAUACUUUGUGAUUGAUUUGCGGAAGAUGUAAACUGUGUCUGUCCGUGUGUCUGUUCGUUGACCUGUCCAAGUCACGCCAGCCUGGAAAAGCAGACAUAAAAAUGGUGAUUUAAAUAGGUAUGCUAUGUAUUGGCAGUGCAGUGACAACAGAAUGGUGAAACUUCACCAUUUUAUAAGUUACAGACGAAGAUUGCCUAAACUCUUGCAACUGAUACUAAGAAUAGGGUUGCUGGCUAGUUAUUGAAACCAGUGAAAGAAAAA